UGCUUCCAUGGUCUAAAGAUGCCUGUCAAUGAUACUGAAAAUGUAACCUCUUCGCAAUGCAUUGCAUUGCUUAAGAAAUCUAUUUCGCAUUUAGAAGAACCGAUUCACAAGGAAGCUAAUUAUGUAUUUGUUACUUUCGGAGCAUCGGGAGAUCUGGCCAAAAAGAAAAUAUACCCGACCUUAUGGGCACUGUAUCGUGAUGGAUUGUUGCCUCCUAAAACUAGCUUUGUGGGCUAUGCUAGGAGUGAUCUGACUGUUCAAGAUAUUCGUAAUAGAUCUGAACCUUACAUGCAGGUUAGUGAAAAUCAAAAGCAGAAAUUAGAAGACUUUUUCAAAAAGAAUUAUUAUGUUAGUGGUACAUAUGCAAAACCUGAAGAUUAUGCUAAACUUAAUAAGGAAUUGGAAGCUUUGGAACAAUCCUCAUCCCCAGCACAUAGGCUUUUUUAUCUAGCUCUGCCUCCUACAGUUUUUGCUGUUGUGACCACCAAUGUGAAACUCAAAUGCAUGGCUUCAAAGGGGUGGACACGUGUUAUCAUUGAGAAACCAUUUGGAAAAGAUAGCGCAAGUUCUGCCGGGUUGUCUAAACAUUUAUCAUCAUUAUUCACUGAAGAAGAAAUCUACCGCAUUGAUCAUUACCUAGGCAAAGAAAUGGUUCAGAAUUUAAUGGCUCUAAGAUUUGGAAAUCGCAUUUUUGGACCAAUUUGGAAUCGUGACAAUAUUGCUAACGUCAUGAUUUCUUUUAAAGAACCCUUUGGAACUCAAGGCAGAGGAGGAUAUUUUGAUAAUUUUGGAAUAAUAAGGGACGUUAUGCAAAACCAUCUAUUGCAAAUUUUGUGCCUUGUUGCUAUGGAGAAACCUGUAACUACUUCAGCUGAAGAUAUUAGAGAUGAGAAGGUUAAAGUCUUGCGCUCUAUGGAAGAAAUUAAGCUCGACAAUGUUGUCUUAGGUCAGUAUAUUGGAAAUCCUGAGCUUGAUGGUGAAGGUAAAGAAGGUUAUUUAGAUGAUCCCACUGUUCCUAAUGAUUCUGUCACUCCAACCUAUGCUAUGGCUACUUGUUUUAUCAACAAUGAGAGAUGGGAUGGUGUACCUUUUUUCUUACGCUGUGGCAAAGCUUUAAAUGAAAGAAAAGCUGAAGUGCGUAUUCAGUUCCAGGAUGUUCCAGGUGAUAUAUUUCAUCAACAGUGUAAAAGAAAUGAAUUGGUUAUCAGGGUACAACCUGGGGAGGCUGUAUAUGUUAAAAUGAUGAACAAGAAGCCUGGAAUGUCAUUUGAUCUAGAGGAAACUGAAUUAGAUCUUACUUAUAACAGCAGGUACAAAGAUUUAAUCAUGCCUGAUGCAUAUGAGCGCCUUAUACUUGAUGUAUUCUGUGGCAGUCAAAUACAUUUUGUUCGAAGUGAUGAACUAGCUGAAGCUUGGAGAAUCUUUACACCUUUACUUCAUAGGAUUGAAAAAGAAAAAGUUAAACCAUCAUUAUACAAAUAUGGAAGCCGAGGACCAAAAGAAGCAGAUGAAUUAACUCAGAGAUUUGGCUUCAGUUUCUCAGGAACAUAUAAAUGGGUCAAACCAUCCCAUAUGUAGAAGAACUUUUUGGAAUAUCUUGUGUCUGUAAAAAACGCUUUUUAUAUAAAAUGUAUGUUUACUGCUUUUGUAUCCAACAAGUUUUAACAAUUACUUAACUUAGUUAUGUUGUAAUGUAUUUAUUCAAUUGUUAUAAAAUAUUUUGAAUAGUA